AUGUCUCGCCUUUCCGAAGAUGACAUUCUCCGUUUCCGUCGCGAACAACAGGCGUUGAAGAAAAAGCAAUCCCCUGCUAAGUCUCUGAACGAACCUGAAGGGAGUCAGUCUGAAACUGAGAAGAAUCCAGCCCCGAAAAGAAGAAAGAGAAAUCAAAAUUCUGAGAAGUCUGCCGAGAAAACCACCAUACAAACUUCGCUGGAAAAAUUCACAAUCAAGGGGGCGAAUCAAUAUGGUUCCUCGAGCGCUCCGCCUCCCACGUGGAAGCAUGAACUGAAAGAAUUUGAGGACAUGACUUCAGAAGAAAUCACCUCUUUGUGGGAUUCCCGCAUCAACUUCAACUCACUUGUGGAGACCAACCUUGUGUUUGAAGCUGAUAAGGAGAAGAUGAGGAAAAUUGGGCUUCAGGAGGCCUGCCAAGCCGUCAUGACUAAGAGUUUGGAAAUUGCUGCCAUUUCCAAGAUACUAGAAAUUGAGUCCAACAACUUUGACGGGCUUUCUAGUGCUAAGAAGCUUGAAGAUAAAGAAAAAGAGAAUGAAAAGCUGAAGUCUACGAUGAAGCUGUUGGAAAAAUCUAACAAGGCUAACGAGAAGAAAGCCGCGGAUCUGGCUUUGGACCUGGAAAGGCUGAAAAAGACUUUGGAAGAAAAUGAAGCCUUGCUGAAGGAGAAAGAAGAAGAAACACAAAAAAUGAAGGAAGAGGCAAACUCUUUGGCCUCAGAAAAACAGAUUUUGAACAAGACUAUUGAUGACCUCUCUGCCGAAGCGGCAUCUUUGAAAGCCUCCAUUCUAUCCCAACUUGAAACUGGCUUUAACAAGGCUAAAGAGCAAAUCUUGUUCCUAAAUCCUGACAUGCCUAUCAAGACCGAAGACAUUGAUCCUUACGCUAGGAUCGCCUUUGUAUUUUAA